GUCAUCUCGAACAUCCACCAUGAGUUCCUUUGGUAAAGAAAACAAUUCAGAAAUAGAUGUGAACGGGAGAAAUAUGAGGUCCCAUUAUAAACCCCGUGUAUCAUACUAUUAUAGCAAAGGAGUUGGUGACUAUCACUACGGAGAGAAGCAUCCUAUGAAACCACAUAGACUUGCGCUAACAAAUAGUCUCGUUUUGGGAUACGGUAUGCACAAAUAUAUGGAAAUUUAUGAACCGCAAAGGGCUACAAGAGAAGAAAUCUGUGAAUUCCAUGACGAAGAUUACAUUGACUUCCUAUCAAGGCUCUCAUCACCUCCAACGCCAACUAUGAUAAACCUAAUGAAGCAAUUUAAUAUGACGGACGACUGUCCUGCUUUUCCGAAUUUAUACGAUUUCUGUCAACAAUACGCAGGGGCGAGUUUAUUAGGUGCUCGACAUAUUACUUCUCAGCGCUCUGAUAUUGCCAUCAAUUGGACUGGUGGUUUGCACCACGCCCACAAAGCUGAAGCUAGUGGAUUCUGUUAUGUUAAUGACAUCGUAUUGGCAAUUUUGGAAUUAUUGAGAUUCCAUCCACGCGUAUUAUAUAUUGAUAUUGAUAUUCACCACGGUGAUGGUGUACAAGAAGCUUUCUAUAAUUCAAACAGAGUUAUGACCGUCUCGUUCCACAAGUACACAGGUGAUUUCUUCCCUGGUACAGGUGCCUUAUCAGAAACAGGCCAAGGUGCUGGCAAACAUUUCUCAUUGAAUGUUCCUUUACAAGAUGGUAUUGAUGAUUACUCAUACGUCGCAUUAUUCAAGAAUGUUAUGUCAUCGACGAUAGAAAGUUAUAGACCUUCAGCCAUUUUGUUACAAUGUGGAGCAGAUAGUUUAGGGUGUGACAGACUAGGUGCAUUUAAUUUAUCUAUCAAAGCACACGGUGAGUGUGUUCAAUACAUAAAGAGUUGGGGUAUUCCACUUAUGGUAGUUGGUGGAGGUGGAUAUACGAUUAGGAAUGUUUCUCGAUGCUGGGCAUACGAGACAUCUGUUCUUCUUAAUAUGGGUGUUAAUGAUACAUUACCACAAACAAGCUAUGAUGAAUACUUCGCACCUGAUUAUGUCUUACAUCCACCAAUAGUAACUAAAGUAGAGAAUCAGAAUUCGAAAGCAAGUCUAGAAAGAUUAGUCAUAAAUUGUAGAGAACAUCUGCGGUAUUUAAAUGGUGCCCCAAGUGUACAGAUGCAGGAAAUACCACCGGAUAUUGCGAAAUCGAUGGAUACUGCUGAAUUAAGCCUGGACGAGAGGAAUGAAUUGAACUAUGGACAGACGAAUGGAAGUGAAGUAAGACAUCCAGAUAGUCACACGUCGAAUAAUGAGUAUUACGAUGAUGAAGUAGAUCAAGACGCCUUGAAUGUCGAACAAGUUGAACUAUCUAGAUUAGCUGAGGAGGUGGAAGAAGAUAACGAGAUUAGAGAAAACGGUGAAGCUAUGGAAGGGGUUGAACGUGUAGAAGCUGCUCAACCUCUUACUCAAACUGACGAUGCAGAUAUUCCUCAAGGGUAUGAAACUGACUCUGUCCCCCAAACUUCUGAGAAUGUGUCACAAGCUGCCGAAGAAGGCGCCAUCCCACAACCUAUGCAAGCUGAAUUUGUUCCACAACCUAUAGAACCUCCUCCAGCUCCUCAAGUGGUCGGAACUACCCCAGCUUCAGUCGAUAACGAAGUACCACAGACAGUUCAAGUCAAAACGGAAGUAAUGUGGCCAGAAAACACAUCUACGGCAGUAAAAUCUGAACCAGACAGUACUAGUUAGGUUUAUAUUUGUAAAUUAUUGUAUAAAUGCUCCUUUAAUCGCU